ACAAGAGUAAAAAGAAUGAAAAAAGCUUGGAUGGCGAGAGCUAACCCGCUGGCUGUCUGUAGCUCUCUAAAUAUAAAGCGACUGCGGCCGUGGAAGCAGUCAGUCCGUGACGCUCGCUCGCGUCUGCACGGUCUGAUAAUGUCUCCGUAUGUUUAUGUUGUGCUUGUGUUGUCAACAUGUGCGGUGGUGCAGUGCGCGCACGCCUCGAGGUCCCCCUUGAACAUGAGCUUCGUGUACCCGGUGGCGCGGAGGGACGAGUCCGUCGUCGACGACUACCACGGCACCAAGAUCCAUGACCCUUACCGUUGGUUAGAAGAUCCUGACUCCAAUGAGACCAAAGAGUUUAUAGAGGCGCAGAACAAGAUAACGCGGCCGUUCCUCGACGCGUGCCCCGUUAAGGCGGACAUCAGCGCCCGUCUCACUGAGCUUUGGAACUACCCUAAGUACUCGUGCCCCUUCCGAAGGGGUGAUAGGUAUUUCUUCUACAAGAACACCGGCCUGCAGAACCAGAAUGUACUGUACGUACAAGACAGUCUGGACGGUGAGCCUCGCGUCUUUCUCGAUCCUAACGCGCUGUCAGCGGACGGCACUGUGGCAUUGUCCGGCAGCCGCUUCACCGAAGACGGCUCCACAUUCGCGUACGGCCUCUCUGCCAGCGGCUCCGACUGGAUCACCAUACACAUCAAAGAUGUCGCCACCGGUGAGGACUAUCCUGAAGUAUUGGAAAAAGUUAAAUUCGCCUCCAUGUCCUGGACAAAAGACAACAAAGGAUUAUUCUAUUCUCGGUAUCCGGACGCGUCGGGCAAAGCGGACGGUUCCGAGACUGAGGUGAACCGCGACCAGAAGUUGUGUUACCACCGUCUUGACACACCGCAGUCCGAAGACGUCGUAGUGGUGGAAUUCCCUGAGGAACCACUUUGGAGAAUUGGUGCGGAGGUGUCCGACUGCGGGCGCUACUUGCUGGUGUCUCCGGUACGAGAUUGUCGCGACAACUUGCUGUACUUUGCGGACCUCUCCAAGCAUCCAGAGAUCACAGGUCUGCUGCCACUCACACAGAUCGUGCACAAAUUUGAAGCUGACUACGAGUACAUCACAAAUGAAGGCUCUGUGUGUAUAUUCCGUACGAACAAGAACGCACCAAACUAUCAGCUGAUCAAGAUAGACUUGCACGACCCCGCAGAGGAGAAAUGGCAGACUUUAAUACCUGAACACCCUAGAGAUGUAUUGGAUUGGGCUUCGGCAGUAGACAAUGAUAAACUUGUAAUUCAUUACGUCAGAGAUGUAAAGAGUGUCCUGCAGCUGCACGAUAUGAAGUCAGGUGAACUGAUCCAGACAUUUGAGCUGGACGUGGGCUCUGUUGUGGGCUUCUCCGGUAAAAAGAAGCAGUCUGAGAUCUUCUACCAUUUCAUGUCCUUCCUCACUCCAGGCAUCAUCUACCAUGUCGACUUCACUAAGAAGCCUUACAAACCCACUGUGUUCAGAGAAGUGAAAGUGAAAGGUUUUAAUGCAUCGCAGUAUGAAGCAAAGCAGAUAUUCUACUCCAGCAAGGACGGCACCAAAGUUCCUAUGUUUAUUGUCUCCAAAAAGGAUCUGCCUCGUGAUGGGUCUCGUCCAGCGCUGCUGUACGGCUACGGCGGCUUCAACAUCAACGUGCAGCCCAGCUUCAGUGUGACGCGGCUCGUCUUCAUGCAGCACUUUGACGGCGUCGUCGCCAUUCCCAACAUACGCGGCGGCGGGGAGUACGGCGAGCGGUGGCACAACGCGGGCCGGCUGCUGAACAAGCAGAAUGUGUUCGACGACUUCCAGGCGGCGGCGCAGUACUUGGUGACUGAAGGCUACACGCGCCCUGAACUGCUCACUGCACAAGGCGGCUCCAACGGUGGCCUUCUCGUUGCAGCCUGCAUCAACCAGCGGCCCGAUCUCUUCGGCGCAGCCAUCGUACAAGUCGGUGUACUGGACAUGCUGCGGUUCCAGAAGUUCACGAUCGGCCACGCCUGGGUAUCGGACUACGGCAGCUCCGACAACAAGACUCAGUUCGAGUACCUGCUCAAGUACUCGCCCCUGCACAACAUACGGCCACCUGACAAUGAGGGCAGGGCGCAGUACCCGGCGACGUUGGUGCUGUCUGCGGACCACGACGACCGCGUGGUGCCGCUGCACACGCUCAAGUUCAUAGCGGCGCUGCAGGCGACCGCUGCGACCAGCCCCGAGCAGCACCGCCCCCUGCUGGCGCGCUUCGACACCAAGGCUGGACAUGGCGGAGGAAAACCCACCGCCAAAGUGAUUGAGGAGCACACAGAUAUCCUCUGCUUUAUGACGGAGACUCUCGGCCUCAAGUUCGUCAAGUGAUGCAACUCCACCGCAAAUAGUACACCGAGCUCAUUGAAAAUAGUAUUAAUUGUAAAUAUACCAGGAAGCCAGAAUACCAGUCUGAUGAUUACCUCGGGCGCUGCGGCGCCGGUGAUAUUGUUACGCAUUACUACUAUUUUUUUAUUGAAUAAACAUUGUUUUUAUUUU